AUGGUCUCCACGUCUCACGAAAUCCCUGAAAACCCCAUCAACAACAACGAUGACGAUCUCCAUGAAGCUGCCUUCUCCAGACGUCGAUGCUGUUUCUGCCUUCCAUGUUUCGGUUCCAAACGUUCCUCCACUGGUGAUUCAAUCUGGUGGGAGCGAAUUAGCACCGGCGAAAAUAAAACUCCGGUGGAAGACCCUGGGUAUCUUCGCGCUUGGAAGCGGGUUCGCGAAUGGUCCGAGCUCGUCGCCGGUCCGAGAUGGAAGACUUUCAUCCGUACCUUUCGGAAGAACUGGACCGGUCCGACUAGGCAAUCGAAAUACCAAUACGAUCCUUUGAGUUACGCUUUGAAUUUCGACGACGGCUCGGGGCAGAUGGAUGGAAAUUUUAUCGCCUGUGAUUUCUCGUCUAGGUACGCCGCGGUGCCUGCCUCCGUCAAGCCCUCCACCAAGGGCACGGUGGGCUGUCAAGAUUCACGUGACUCUCCGUCAACGUAA